AUGGCGAAACCUUCUUAUCACUCUGAUGAACAAACACUCCUGGGUUUCAAAGCUGCCAUCUCCCUCGAUCCAUUUAAUACCUUCCUUGAUUGGUCUCCCAAUCACGCCUUCUGCAAUUGGACUGCCAUUACAUGCUCUUCUCGUAGACAGCGUGUAGUUUCCUUGAAUCUCACAGGUAAGGGACUAGUUGGCCCUAUCUCUCCAUUACUGGGUAAUCUUUCCUUCCUUAAAGCAGUUGAUCUUUCUAAUAAUAGCUUCGAGGGCCCUAUUCCAUAUCAGCUUGGAAGGCUAUUUCGCUUGAGAAGGCUUCGAUUGUCUCGAAACAAGUUGGCAGGCCCCAUUCCAUCCUCUCUAGGAGACUGUCGUUCUUUACAAUCUCUAAUACUGGCGUAUAACAAUUUAAGCGGAAGCAUUCCCUCUGAAUUUAGUCUUCUGUCAAAUUUAGAGACCUUGGCAUUAGCAGAUAACAAAUUGACAGGUAUUAUCCCACCUUUCUUAGGAAAUCUGUCCCUUUUAAUUACCAUUGACUUGCCCGAAAAUAGACUCCAAGGUGGUAUUCCUGCUGAGUUGGGUAUGCUUAGUCACCUAAACUGGCUUGAUCUUUGCGCUAACAGAUUAAUAGGGUCGAUCCCUGUUGCCCUUUCAAAUUGCACUCGUCUCCAAAUGUUGGAGCUAUGUGAUAACUUCUUAAAAGGCCCGAUUCAAAGGGAAUUUGGAAGGCUAUCAGAGUUGCAAGUAGUGCGUUUGUGGAAAAAUCAACUCACUGGAGAAAUACCCAGAUCAGUGGGUAAUUGGACUCAGCUGCAAGAAUUGUAUUUGGAUAAGAAUCAACUGAGCGGCACAGUGCCCCUGGAAUUUGGUAAACUGCAGCAGUUGAGACGGUUUCUCUUGUGGCAAAAUCAUUUUGUUAGUGGAAGCAGUGGUUUGUCUAUUUUAAUAGCGUUAACUAAUUGCUCCAGCUUAACAAUUAUUGAUUUGGGAUUUAAUCAUCUCACAGGCGUUUUGCCCACUUCAAUUGGUCGGCUAUCAAAUUCACUCUCAUUUUUAUCAUUGCAAUCAAAUGAUAUUGAGGGAAACAUACCAAAUGAGAUUGGCAACCAGACCAAUUUGGCGACAAUAACCCUAGAAGGAAACAACUUCAAUGGGACUGUUCCAUCUACACUAGGUGGACUUUCAAAUUUGGAAAUAUUAGCUCUGGGCACAAACAACUUACAUGGAAGCAUUCCAGAAAACUUUGGCCAAUCAAAAAGGCUUGGAUUCUUGGACCUCCAUGGGAACAUGCUUUCAGGGCGAAUUCCAGAUAGUCUUGGCGAGCUUCCACAAUUAAGAAGGCUUGUACUUCAUCACAAUCAACUAUCCGGCAGAAUACCUGCGAGUUUAGGAAGAUGCAAGACUUUGGAAAUGGUGGACUUGGCGCACAACAAACUAACUGGAAGCAUACCCCUUGAAGUUGCAGGUCUUCAGAAUCUCCAGUUCUAUUUCAAUGUUUCUGGAAAUUUAUUGCAAGGUUCUAUUUCGGAAAUGAGCAAAAUGGUUAUGGUUUUAGCUAUAGAUGUUUCCCAAAACAACUUCUCAGGUGGCAUUCCCAAUGCACUAGCAAGCUGCAAAGGGUUGGAAUAUCUAAAUCUCUCUUCGAAUGCAUUUGAGGGGUCAAUCCCAGCAUCACUAGCAGAUUUGCAAAAUCUGCAGUACAUGGAUCUUUCUUGCAAUAAUUUGUCAGGUACAAUACCGAUGGCUUUCAAAAAGAUGAAAAUGCUUCGGCAUCUCAAUCUCUCUUCAAACAGGUUAACUGGAGAGGUCCCAAAGGGAGGAGCUUUUGCAACACUUGAUGCUUCAGAAGUAAUGGGAAAUCUUGGCCUUUGCGGUGGAUGGAUAAACUUGCCGCCAUGCUCUCAAUCCAAACAAAAACAACCAUCAAUCUCCAAAAAGGUAAUAAUUCCUGUUGUAGUGGGAAUUGUUAUUUUGAUCAUGUCUCUUCUAUUGAUAGCAUUUUCAUUUAGAUGCAAACAUUCUAGUACCCCUACUUUGAAAGUAUGGCCUCCAAAUAUUUCAUAUAAAGAACUUGUAGAUGCAACUGGUGGGUUCAAUGACGACAAUCUCUUAGGGAUUGGCAGUUUUGGGUCAGUUUAUAAAGGGGUUCUAAACAAUGGGACAAAUAUUGCUGUUAAAGUUCUCAAGGUACAAGAUGAACGUGCUCACAAAAGUUUCGGGAGAGAAUGCAAGGCAUUAAAGAGAGUUCGACAUCGUAAUAUAAUCAAAAUCAUUUCAUCAUGCUCUAAUUUUGAUUUUAAAGCCUUAAUUCUUCCAUUAAUGACAAAUGGAAGUUUAGAGAGAUGGUUGUAUCCUCAUGAAGGGGGUAGAUGCAGAUUAAAUUUGAGUGAUCGAAUAAGGAUAGCCAUGGAGAUAGCAGAAGGAAUGGCAUAUCUUCACCAUUAUUGUUUUGUUCAAUUGAUUCAUUGUGACCUCAAGCCGAGUAAUGUCCUAUUAGGAGAUGACAUGACUUCAUAUAUAGCAGAUUUUGGCAUUUCCAAUCUUAUUCAUGCAAAUUCCAUGGAUUCUUCAACUUCUGCAGAUGCACUUAGAGGAUCCAUUGGGUACAUUGCACCAGAGUAUGGAAUAGGUUGUCAACUUACUUCAAAGGGAGAUGUAUACAGCUAUGGAAUUUUGGUUUUAGAGUUGUUGACAAUGAAGAGACCAACAGAUGAUAUAUUCAAUGAAGGAAUCAAUCUACAAAAAUGGAUAGAAAUGCAUUUUCCAAAUAAAAUUUCAAAUGUGGUGGAUAAUUUCCUUCUUAUAGAUGUUAAUGAAUCAGAGAUAUCAACUGUAAUGGAAUGCCUUACCCAAUUCUUACAAAUUGGGCUGUUUUGCACAAGGGAGUCACCUCAAGAACGCCCAAAUAUGAUGGAGAUAGUUGAUAGAUUAAAGGGAUGGGCGGUGGCCAUGGCCGACUCGGUGGGAGGCGUUUUGGUCGCAGGCGGCGGCGGGUGUCCUUGGGGAUACCGCUCACUGUGGGUUACCACAGUGGCAGCGACCAUUGUGGCCGCCCACAGUAGUGGCCCUCGGGCUGUCCACUGUGGGAUGCCAUAG